CUCCUCCUCCCCCUACACCACCGGUGACACAAUAACAACAACCCUUACAGCUAUCUAACAGAUGCAUAUCGAACGAAAUAACGCGAACAUUCUUUCCCUUCUCGGCCCCAACCAGAUGCGCACUGAGAUCAACCUCCAGAAACUGUUCCGCAACUAUCGCUCCCAGAUCAGAGUGGAUGCUGAAAGACGUCGAGGAGCACCAUGAGAAACCCAGCGCCUGCCUUGACAACUGUCCGAGGCUUCCACACUCCUGUCCCCGGGUCAGGAGACGAAGACUCGGACUACGGAACCCACACACCGUCGAGAAGACACAAGAUCCACGAUGUCGUCAGCGCGAACAGCAGCCCGAUGCUGCGCUCCUCGGCCUCGCCAGCACCGGGUGGAAUCAGCAAGCUGAAGCUGCAACUCGACACGCUGAACCUCGAGAACGAUUCGCGCAGCAACUCGUUCGCGCGCAGCCGCAGCCAGCUGCGAUCGCAUCCGCAGAGCAGCACGGGCACGAACACGUCCGACGGUUUCAGCGAUGAUGAAACGUCCGACAUCACCAGCUACGAGGUACCGCUUGAGUCCGACUUCGUGAGCGAGAGUCUGCGCGACAAACCACUGUAUGGCGCGAUCGAGGGUGGCUUGGUGCAGGACACGAUCGCGCGGAAGAUGACAGCCUCGGAUUUUGAGCCUCUGCGCUGCCUGGGAAAGGGAACAUUUGGCACAGUGCUUCUGGUUAAGCAACAGGCGACUGGGCGGCUGUACGCGCAGAAGCAGUUCAAGAAGGCGUCGUUGACUGUGCAUAAGCGGCUGAUCGAGCAGACGAAGACCGAGCGAUCGAUUCUCGAGAGCGUGAACAGACAUCCUUUUGUCGUGAAGCUUUUCUAUGCGUUCCAGGACCAUGAGAAGCUGUACUUGAUUCUCGAGUAUGCGCAAGGCGGGGAAUUAUUUACACACCUGGCGCAGGAGCGCAUGUUCACCGAGGAGGUCGCGUCCUUCUACAUGGCGGAAAUGGUUCUGGCGCUCGAACAUCUCCAUCGCAAUCUGGGCGUCAUCUACCGCGAUCUCAAGCCCGAGAACUGCCUGCUGGACUCUGAGGGACACCUCCUCCUCACAGAUUUUGGGCUGUCGAAAGUCGCAGUCGAUGAGAACGACAAAUGCAACAGCCUCCUCGGCACGGUCGAGUACAUGGCCCCAGAGGUCAUCCUGGGACAGAAAUACGGCAUGGCAGUUGACUGGUGGUCUUUCGGUGCCCUUGGCUUCGACUUACUGACUGGCAGUCCUCCAUUCCAAGGUCAAAACCACGCAAAGAUACAAGAGAAAAUCUGCAAGCAGAAACUCGCCAUGCCCUAUUUUCUCGGUCCGGACGCCAAGGAUCUCCUUACCCGUCUCCUGCGAAAGGAAACCCAUAAGCGUCUGGGUUCAAACAUGCCAAAAGACCUUCAAACGAUGAAGAAGCAUCGCUUUUUCCGCAAGAUCGACUGGAAGAAACUCGCGAAGAGGGAGAUCGAGGCCCCGAUUCAGCCAGUGAUUACCGACCCAGAACUUGCAGAGAAUUUCUCAGAUGAGUUUACGGAUUUGGCGCUCAGCCCCGUAUUGAUAAGUAGUAAGGCGCCCUGGUCGAGUACCGCAACAGGACCGAAUGGGGCGGAGAAUCCGUUUGGUGGGUUCAGUUAUGUGGCUAGUCAGAGCUUGUUAGAUGGGAAUGGGUUUGCUGGAAUGGAGGUCGGUGCUGAGGCUGGCGUGGCUGCCUAGAUAGCAUUCCUCCUGAUCAUGACUAUUGGAUACACGGUACACAUGGGAUAGAAAAGACCAGACAAAGAGACAAAUUUGUUCUUGAGGUGGGAUGGGAGGCGUAAUAGACAACUGUACUUUGGGACAGGGAAUCUUCUUUUUGGCGUUCUGUCUGCUUUAUUGUUAUCGAGGGAGAGAAUGGACAUAUUCGCACUCGCAACAUCUCUAUAAUUUCUGAACCUCCGCUAGUGUGGACUCCGUCGAAGGCAACUUUUAAGGCUUAUGCACAAAAGCAGACAUCUUACAAUAUCUGCAGGUC